AAUGUAGUUUAAUGGCUUUACAAAGAAAACAGGCAGAAGAACACUUCUCAGAGGCUGUGGCUGGACCAUGAGCUAGCUGACCAUGAACUUGGAAGGGCUUGAAAUGAUAGCAGUUCUGAUCGUCAUUGUGCUUUUUGUUAAAUUAUUGGAACAGUUUGGGCUGAUUGAAGCAGGUUUAGAAGACAGUGUGGAAGAUGAACUUGAAAUGGCUACCGUCAGGCAUCGGCCUGAGGCUCUUGAGCUUCUGGAAGCACAGAGCAAGUUUACCAAGAAGGAGCUACAGAUUCUCUACAGGGGAUUUAAGAAUGAAUGUCCCAGUGGUGUCGUUAAUGAAGAAACCUUCAAAGAGAUUUAUUCUCAGUUCUUCCCACAGGGAGACUCUACAACAUACGCACAUUUUCUGUUCAAUGCCUUUGAUACGGACCACAAUGGAGCUGUGAGUUUUGAGGAUUUCAUCAAGGGUCUUUCCAUUUUGCUCCGAGGGACAGUACAAGAAAAACUCAACUGGGCAUUUAAUUUGUAUGACAUAAACAAAGAUGGCUUCAUCACUAAAGAAGAAAUGCUUGACAUCAUGAAAGCAAUAUACGACAUGAUGGGGAAGUGCACAUAUCCUGUCCUCAAGGAAGAUGCACCCAGACAGCAUGUGGAAACAUUUUUCCAGAAAAUGGACAAAAAUAAGGACGGGGUGGUUACCAUAGAUGAGUUCAUCGAAAGCUGCCAAAAAGAUGAAAACAUAAUGCGUUCCAUGCAGCUCUUUGAAAAUGUGAUUUAACUUGUCAAAUAGAGCCUCAACCCAACAGACAAAUGUGAACUAUUCUACCACCCGUACAGUUGGAGCUAUCACUUUUAGCAUAGAUUGCUCAGCUUUACACUGAGGCAUAUUAUGCAAACAGGCUUUGUUUUCACAUAAAGCAACCACCAAAAGAUUUGAGUUCCCCAGUCAUAAAUUUGCAUCCUUUGCAUAAUGCCACUGAGUUCAUGGGUUGUUCGAAAAGUCAUUUCAUACCCUGUGAAUAGUCACAAAGAAAUAGAACUUGACAGAUAGUUUUCAUUUUAUUCUGAUUCUUUAGCCACGGGAUUAUUACGGCUUUCACUGAGCUAAGUGAUUUUAAAAUAGC